GCAAGGGGGCUGGAGGGGGGGGGUGUCUCAGUAGACAUCUACCUCAGAGAGGGUGGCUCCGGGAACUUAAGUUCACUGCUCUGACUAUCAGCAAUGCUGGAGAGUGGAGGAUGGGGGUCCAGACUUUCUAGCUGGCAUGCCCAGCUGUGCACCUCUGGACUAUCUCGGGCCCUGGUUGUUGUGACUGCCCAAGGAGUUGAUGUUUAUAAAGCACUUUAUAACAGUCCUCUGAUUGCUAUUGUUAUUUAAGAGCUUGCAAUCGGUGGUUCUGAGAUUGGAUGAGGGGUUUACAUAGCUGUGCGCACUGUUUGGGUCACAUGUUUGGAAUCCUGGGGACUUCUCUCAUAAGUCUUGAUACCAGCUUCUCUGGGAAAAUGGCAAGAUACAGUAACACCAGCCUCCAUUCUAACUGCAAAAAGAAGAUGGAAGAGAGUCUAGCAGCACACCGAGCCUAAUUGGUUGUCAUGACCCAUGGGCUCCUGGAGGGGAAAUGGGUUUGAGAUCUCUAGUACUGAGUGAUGUUGGAAACUCCAGACAUCUUACCUUGGUGAAGCUCUCAGUCUGGUGGAGUGGACAGACCGGAAGACUAGAAGUGUGGCUUUCAGGAGAGAGAACCGGCAGACUCGCGGAUGGCGCUGGGCCAUGACUGUCUCCUACUCACGUGGAGGCAGGUUCAAGGAUCCUUGUUAGAGAUGGGCUCCCUAGAGGCGGAACCUAGGAUCCCGGAACUAAAGAUAUCAUAGACGCAAAGAACACCCGGAUGAUCUUCCAGGACGGCCCCAAGCCGGAAGACCUGGACCCGCCGUGGUUUCCUCGCGCGAAGGCAUGCUGUGGGCUAAUGGUUGAUGUAGGAACCCGACAGCCUGGAGAGUCAUCUCUGGAGACCCAGUCAGCCCUAUUGCUGUUGAGGAAAGCUGCAGAGUUUCCACCCCAUAGCGCAAAGUCCAGUGCGCAGGCGUGUGGGCGGGGCGGGCAUUUAAAGGGACCGAGGUGCGGUGCGUAGUCGGAGGAGCUGGGGUCUAAGCCCGGGGCUCUCUCCGACAGGAAUGGGUACUAGGUACCCCGAGGAUCAAGCCUCGUUGGCGCGAGUUUGGAUUCACCUCUGUGGACGUGCUCCAGAAGAGUCGCAGGUUAAGCGCUUUUCUUCCGGUCUCUAGCCCGCCUCGCUAUGGCUCACGUUAGCUCUCGCAAGCGCUCGAGAAGUCGCAGUCGGUCCCGUGGUCGGCGAGGGUCAGAAAAGCGAAGUAAGAGGAGCAGUAAGGACUCCUCGAGGAACUGUUCAACCUCCAAAUCCCAAGGUCACAAGGCUAGCAGCACCUCCGGUGUCGAGGAGAGAAGCAAGCACAAGGCCCAGAGGACAUCGAGAUCCAGCUCUUCCUCCUCCUCCUCCUCCUCCUCUUCCAGUUCUUCUAGCUCCACCUCAUCCUCAUCCUCCAGUGAUGGCCGGAAGAAGCGAGGGAAGCACAAAGAUAAGAAGAAGAGGAAGAAGAAGAAGAAACGGAAGAAGAAGAUGAAGAGGAGAGGCAAGGAGAAGGCAGUGGUGGUGCACCAGGCCGAGGCUCUGCCCGGCCCCUCUCUGGAUCAGUGGCACAGAUCAGCUGGGGAGGACAAUGAUGGCCCAGUCCUGACAGACGAGCAGAAGUCUCGUAUCCAGGCCAUGAAGCCCAUGACAAAGGAGGAGUGGGACGCUCGACAGAGCGUUAUUCGAAAGGUGGUGGACCCAGAGACCGGCCGCACAAGGCUCAUCAAGGGAGACGGUGAGGUUUUAGAGGAGAUCGUAACCAAAGAACGACACAGAGAGAUCAACAAGCAAGCCACCCGAGGGGACGGCCUGGCCUUCCAGAUGCGAGCAGGCCUGCUUCCCUGAGGGAGGGCCCUGCCAUCCCAGCUCUGUGAACUGCUGUUGGUGGUUUGGAGACUGAUGUCCAGUGGCCUUGCCUACGGCCCAGCAUCCUCUUGGGUGCAGUGGGUGGCCUAGGCACCGAAGUGGACAGCAGAGGGGCACUAUUAAAUGAUCUUGUUCACAGA